CGGCCUGUUACUGUUAUGCAUUUCAUUUGCUUCACCAAAGGAGAAGGUCAUCAUCUCAUGCCUCUCUCCGCGGUCAAUUCCUUAUACGAAACGAAUACAAUCUUUCAUUUUCUGCCUUUGAACAUCUCUGUAAUUAUUAUAUAUAUGUGUGUGUGUGUGUGUGUGUUUUCAUGAGAGCCUUCAUUUUGUUGUUGAUGCUUUUGGACUCAUCCUACCUUGUCAUUUAGUAGCACCUAAAAAGGAAAGGAACCGAACCAAUUCCAAAGCAUCGUGUAGAGAUAUUCAUUUUAGCCACUGAGUCCUCCCAUCUGUUUGUCAAUCUAUCUGUGUGCAUUUCCCAACGCCGAAAGGAGAAAUGGUGAGCUGUGAAGAGAAAUAUGGAGAAAAGCUUACACUUGUCCAACCAGACCCGGUGGCGUUGGAGAUUAAUCGUUUGCAAAACCAACUCAAAGAAAAAGAUAAAGAACUAGCGACUUGUCAGGGUGAAAUGAAAGCCUUAAGGUCAACUGAAGCUCUGAAGGAUAAGGCCAUAGAAGAGUUGAGAAAUGGAGCCAGUAAACUGGACGAAAGACUUAGAGUUACAGAGGAUCAUCUUAAACAAAAGAAUCUAGAAAUCAAGAAACUGACAGAUGAAAAGAAAGAUGCAUUGGCUUCACAAUAUGCUGCAGAAGCAACACUUAGAAGGGUACAUGCAAAUCAAAAGGAUGAAGAUUUUGUUCCAAUUGAGAGUGUCAUUGCUCCUCUUGAAGCUGAGAUCAAAAUGUAUAGGAAUGAGAUCACUGCACUUCAAGAAGAUAAGAAAGCUUUGGAACAACUCACUAAAUCAAAAGAGUCAGCAUUGCUAGAAGCAGAGAGGAUUCUGCGAAGUGCUCUAGAGAGAGCUCUAGUAGUUGAGGAGGUUCGAAAUCAGAACAUUGACUUGAAGAGACAGAUUGAGAUCUGCCAGGUGGAGAAGAAACUCUUGGAGAAAAACCAUCGUCAAAAGAUUUUGGAAGUUGAAAAGCUUAGCAAAACCAUUCAACAACUUGAGGAAGUCAUCUUAGCUAGUGGAGCUACUGCUAAUGCUGUCCGUGAUUGUCAGCGACAGAUUUCUGAAUUGCAAGAAGAGAAGAGGACAUUAGAGAGGGAGCUAGCAAGGGUAAAAGUUUCAGCCAACAGAAUUGCAAAUGUUGUGGCUAAUGAGUGGAAGGACGAAAAUGAUAAGGUCAUGCCUGUCAGGCAAUGGCUGGAAGAAAGAAGGAUUAUGCAGGGAGAGAUUCAACAGUUGAAAGACAAGCUAGCUAUAUCAGAGAGAACAGCUAGGGCAGAGUCACAAUUGAAGGAUAAACUGAAGUUGAGGCUUAGAACACUAGAGGAAGGCUUAAAGCAUUUCUCCAGUUAUCCAAUCACUUUGAAUGUGUCUUAUGCAUCUCCAAAAGCAGAAAAGUCUAACAUACUAGCUUUCCUAACAACCAAUGGUGGACUUAGAAAGAGAUCCACAUCACAACCAAGGGCAUCUUCGGUUGGAAGCUCUUUGUUCCAGACACCAAAUAUAAAAAACAACACAGACAUCGUAGCUGGGAAUUUAAAGCUGGGGAGCCCUACUAAGAAAUAUGGUUCUACAGAAAAUAUGUUGAAGAAAGGUAUGUGGGCAUUAAGAAGUAAAGUUGCUAAUAAUGGUGAAAAGGAAAAUGAAAUGCAGGUGAAGACAGACAUGACUUUAAACAGAUACACUGAUGAAAGUGAAGCAACAGAAAUUAAAACCAUUGUUAAUUUGGAUGAAGAUGCCGAAAGCAAGAAACCAAACGGUUCAAGCAGGGAUGAUGUGGUUUCAGGUUUUCUAUAUGAUAAGCUGCAAAAAGAGGUCAUCAAUUUGAGGAAGUCUUGUGAAAUUAAAGACAGUAGUUUACUGGCUAAAGAUGAAGAAAUUAAGAUGCUUAUAAAGAAAGUCGAUGUACUGACAAAGGCCAUGGAAGUAGAGUGGAAGAAAAUGAAAAGAGAAGCAGCUGCUAGAGAGAAGGAGGCUUCAUCAACAAAGUCAGAUGAUAACAGGAAAAAAAGAAGCGGAAACUCCUCUAAAAGGGCGAUAUAAAAUUGUUACAGGGCGCUGAAAGAGCGCUGAGAAUUCUUUAUUUGGAGAUAGUUGAAGGCAAUUUAUUUAUCAAAUGGCAUCUUGUGAUUUUUCUCUGUAAACACAAAACAUUUGGUGAGGUAGUAUCCUGAAAUAAAUUUCCGCUGUGGAAAGGAAGUUUGAGAAUCAGUUUCUGUACAAACAUUAGCGUUCAACAUCUUCCUCUAUAUUUGGAUAAAUGACAUGUUUUGUGAAGUGAGUUUUACACAGUAACCAAGUUGGUCACAUGCUUCAGCGACAUGAAACAUGAGGAAACAAGUGGAUUGUAUAGUCCUCAUUAAGUUGUAAAAGAUUUAGGGCCUAUUUGAUUCCA